ACUUGGUCACAGAUUUUAUGCUGGUAUAAAGCGUGGAACUGUCAGUAAUAAAUAUAAAUAUACAAAUAUGGAUAAGUUUGACAGGAAAUGUACGACUUGGUAAGCAAUUUGUAGCUUUGGCAAGAAAUGCAGACCGUUUGUAAUUUUAAAGUUGAUAACUCUAUAAAAAGAAGUGUCUGGAAAAGCGUCUUCUACCUUUUAUAAAAUCUUGUAAUUUUUCAGUAACGUUUUGACCUAAUUUAGCAAGCUGUCACUUGAUACCGAAGAAAUGGCGUUGAAAUUAUGCCUAAAGAUUACAACCCGCCAAAUUGUUCACAAAUACGUCCUAUAGAAAAAUGUUGGGCUGUUUGUAAGUUUAAGUGAAAUAAGUCACAAUGUAAAGUCAAUAUAGAGUCCGAGCUAUGCAAAAAGUGGAGAAAAUUUUGUGAUCAAGUUACCGGUAGCACUGUGCAAAACUUGAUGAGAAGCGUUAAGCCAGAAGUUCGUAGUCUUAGUCAAGAAAAAAUAAUGACAAAGACCGUACUGGAAAUAGUGGAAAUUGUAGUUUUGGUAACUGUUGUUUUGUGUGCAUUAGUAGGAAACUGCCUAAUAAUUCUUGCCUUCAUAGUUGGCUCAAAGACUGUCAAAACCUUAAGGAACUACUUUAUUGUAAAUCUAGCUGUUGCUGAUUUAAUGGUAGUGUGCUUAUCGCUUCCGCUCUGGAUAGUAUCUCGAAUAGAUGUAAAACUAAUUCAUGAUGCUCAAAUUGCAAAAUACUUUUCAGCAUUUGAUGUAUUGUGCGGAACUACAUCUAUAUUGAACCUGGCAGCUAUAAGUUUGGAACGCAUGUAUGCUGUAAAUUGUCCAGUGCGUCAUUUUAAUUUAACUCCCCUUCCUGUACUUCUGGUUAUUGCAGCAACAUGGACAAUUGGAUUUUUACUUACAGCUGCCAAAUUUGUUAUAAAUAUUGAAAAAUCAAAUAGAGAAUAUACUGUAUUGUUAUUUGUUCUGGCGUACCUUGUUCCGGUUUUUGUCAUUAUUGUUUCUUACUUUAUCAUUUACUGUUAUGCAAUCUCAAAAACGAAAGGAAAAAGUCGAUGUAGCAGAUUAAAGCGGGACUUGAAAGCUGCUAAGACGAUAUCUGUAAUUAUUGGUUUGUUCAUUCUUUGUUGGAGUCCGUUCUUUUUUAUAAACAUUUUGUAUGUCUUCGAAAUUCGGAGUACAACUAAUGUAAUCAACAUAUCCAAGUUGAUGCACUAUAGUAACAGCAUGAUGAAUUUUUUUGUAUAUGGACUUAGAAGUCGGGAUUUUAAACGCUCAUUCCAGUCUUUACUUAAAUGUAGCUAGCUGUUUAGUUUAUUUUUGUAUUUAUAGACUUAAAAGUCGGAACCUUAAACGCUUA